AAAUUUCCACGUAAUUCAUUGGCAGUGCGCGGACUCAGUUUUUAACAUGCGUGAAACAAAUCUACAGUUAAUAUUACUAGCAAUAUUAACAUAUACCUUAAACGCAGUUCAAUGCGGUGAGGUGCCACGUCCACGCGGUGUUUCACUAGCAAAGGCGGCCCUGUAUCAGCCACAGGCGGAUGGCAAAUGGAGCUGCCUGGAUGGAAGCAAAACGAUACCAUUUACACAGGUAAAUGAUGAUUACUGUGAUUGCGCUGAUGGCAGCGAUGAGCCGGGCACUUCAGCCUGCCCGCUGGCGCAGUUCCACUGCAUCAACAAGGGUCAUCAGCCUGUGGAAAUACCCAGUUCCCUGGUGCAGGAUGGCAUCUGUGAUUGUUGUGAUGGCAGCGAUGAGUUGCCAGCGGUGGGCUGUGCCAACACCUGCAUCGAGCUGGGCGCCGCUGCGGCCAUUAAACGUCGCAACGAAGCAGAACUGCACAAGCGGGGUGCCGAGAAACGGCAGGAGAUGAUAUCGCGCGGCAAACAAAUGAAGGCGGAUCGUGCGGCACGUCGCUCCGAGUUGAAUGCGCGGAUCAAGGAGCAAGAGUCUUUGAAGGUCGAGAAGGAGCAGCUCAAACAGAACGCUGAAGCUCUGGAAACUGAAGCGGUAGAGGCUUUCAAGGAGCAACAACGAGAGCUGGAUGCAGAGACGGCGCAGGCGGAACAGGAGCCACAGCAAAUGCGCGUUGAGGCAUCCCUCAGCUUUGUGCGCUACGAUACCAACAAGGAUGGCUUCGUGGAGGUAACCGAGCUGAUGGUGGACAUGAACCUAGAUCGCGAUCGCAAUGGUGUUGUGACCGUGGAGGAGGCCAGAUACUUCCUGGAUGAACGUGAUCGAGUGGAUUUGGAUGCCUUCGUUACUUUAGCUUGGCCGCGAAUUAAGCCACUGAAAAUGCUAGCUGAUGGUUUGUUCCAGCCGCCUCAGGCGCCCGCUGAAGAGGAGGAGCUGCCUCAGGCGGCGGACAUAGAGGGCGCUGAGCACCACAACCCAGAGCCAAGUGAGGAACAAGCGGACUUGGAAACUGGUGCUGCCGGCGAAGAAGAAGAGGAUGGCGAAGAUGAUGAGGAUCAGUACGACGACGAAGAGCCCGAUGUGGGCGUUGGUGAAGCAACACCCGAAGUUGAGACAACUACAGCGGCACCGGCCUACGAUCCGGAGACACAGCGUCUCAUUGAGCAGGCCAACGAGGCGCGCAAUGCAUACGAGGAGGUGGCACGUCAAAUACGCGAAAUCGAACACGAAGUCAAGGAGAUUGACGAGCAGGAGGGCAAGGACUAUGGCCCGCACGAGGAGUGGGCGGUGCUGGAUGGCGAGUGCUAUACGUAUGAGGAUCGCGAAUAUGUCUACACGCUGUGCCCCUUCGAUCGUGUCUCGCAAAAGCCUCGCAACGGCGGCGCCGAGACCACUUUGGGCCGUUGGGAUCAAUGGAUUGGCGAGGGCGCCAGCAAAUAUAGCCGGCAAAAGUACACGCAAGGCGCUGCCUGCUGGAACGGACCACAACGCUCCGCCAUAAUCAAUAUCAAAUGCGCAAUGGAGCCACGCAUUACCGCGGUCAGCGAGCCGAAUCGCUGUGAAUACUACUACGAAUUCGAGACGCCCGCUGCCUGCGAUAGCGAUGCCUACACUGCCUCCGCACAGAGCAUGCACGACGAGCUUUAAAACUGCUAUAGCUAAAGAUUGAUUGGGAAUUAACAGAGAGUUUGGCAAUUUUCGGAAUGUAUUCUAGUUUUAAAAGUGAUUGAGAGAGGAAGAAGGAAAAAUGUAACGUGAUUUGCUGAUCA